UGUCUAUUUAUCCUGCAUCUAUCGACGACAACGACCCCGCUUUUAUCUAUUCACCCGGAUGGGAGCUUAUCACGAAGGAUGGGCAGUGGACGGGAACAAUGCAUUCUACGGACAAGACGGGAGCCUUUGCUAGGGUCAGAUUUACUGGAUCAAUUAUUGCGGUCAUUUGCACGAUACCCACAGGCAACGGCCAGCCAGUAUCGGCUAACUUCACGAUCGACGAUGGACCACCGACUUUCGUGUCGCAUGAAUCUACUCCGCCGGUACAAUUUGAGAAGAUAUUCUGGGACUCUGGGCCACUACCAAUGGGAAACCACCUCUUGACGAUUACUCAUGCGGGUCCCAAUAUGUACCUUCGCGUCGAUCGCGUCGACUACGACCCAACAGAUAGCCAUGCCUCAAGGGUUGAUUCACCGGCGCCACAAGACCCUGUUUCAAUCCCCAUCGUCACCUCGGUAGUGACGAGCAUCGUCGCUGACUCAACAUCAGUAGUCGCACUUCCCGGCACCAACACUAUAACCUCGUCAAGUAACCCACAACCAGUGUCUUGACCGAGCGUCUCGACAUUCAUACAAACUAUUUUGGCUACUGUAUCAUCAUCUCCGGGAAAUCCGACAAGUAUCACGGACACCUCGAGCAGCGCAAACCCGACUGCGAGCAACACAGGAGUUGAAGCAAAGAAAACAAACCUCGCGCUCAUCGUAGGCGGGGCCUGUUGCGCUGUUGUCCUUCUCGCUAUACUAGGGAUUACGCUUGUAAUUCUUCUUCGUCGGCGGCGUCGGCAUAGAGAUGCCACCGCUCUAGCUGACGAGACUGUAUCCUCUGAAGGUCCUCGCCCGUUUUGGGUAGAACCCCUGCCCAUUGUCUCCUCAGCAGCUUCCGCAACCAGUUCCCUGUCAAACCACGAUAUAAAAAUCCCACUAGGUCUUUUCGAUAAUACACAACCCAAAUCCACCUCGAGGAAUGGAUCGCCGACAAACCCCCCCGCGCUAUCAUAUGCCCUCUCCCCCGCCACGCAUCACGCUGCCUCGAACUCACAAUCCUCUUCCCAGAUAAGCUCGCCUAUCUAUUCCAUUGACAACCAUCCGGACCCGCUCUUGGAAUCUCCGCCUGCCUAUCAAGCUCACUUACGCGCUUCAAACAUGCCAUAUGCACCGCCUCGCUAGC